AUGUUUCCCGUGGCAUACGGGAUCUCGAUACCUGGACUGAACACCACAGAACCCUUUGAUCACGUGGCGCAGCUGGAUGAACGCGGGAUGUUCACACUUUUCUGGAAUUUCAACAGCACCCAUAAUACGCUAGAAGCGCAUGUGGAAACGAAAGGAUGGGUUGGUCUUGGCUUUUCCGGAAACGGAAACAUGUUCCCCGGCGAUGUUGCCGUAGGAUGGGUAACUGAUCAUGGACAGACCUACUUUUCGGACCGUCACACGACCGGACAUAGCAUGCCGGACGUAGAUAAGUCGCAAGACUGGUUCCUACUGCACGCGAAGGAAACGAGCGCUGGUACCGUCUUGAUGGUCCGGAAACUACAGACGUGUGACAACGCUGAAGACAUAGAUAUAAACAAUGGCACAAUCCGCGUGAUAUACGCGUUCGGCUAUGAAGACCCGCAAAACGACCGAAGCAUCUUGUGGGGACACACACGGGGCACCAAAAGCCUCUUCCUGCUCAAUCCGGACAAAGGGGAUGGCAUUAUCGCUGAGACGAAGAUUAAGCACUUCGAUUUUCUUAAUCUGAACUAUAUGGUUCCCAACGACACCACUACUUACAUAUAUCGAGCAUUUAUCAUGCCCCCUCUCGGUAAAAACCACAUGAUUAAGUACGAGCCCAUUAUCACCCCCGGAAACGAGAAACACGUUCACCACAUCCUGUUGUCGAGGUGCAAGAGCAUGGCACAAGCAAACAUUACGGAGUUCAAGAUCUUUGGCCUCCUUCAGCACUCGCAUGUCGCUGGUGUCCGCAUCACCACAUGUCACUUCCGGGGAGGGCGCGAGCUUCCGCUGCCUAUCACCGAUCCGAAUUACGAUUUCAACUUUCAGGACCUUCGGAAAUUACCGGAAGAGAUCGCCGUUCACACAACCAUGGAGAGCCUCCCACAGAUCGAGACUGUCAUCAUCCACUUCAAUACUAAGCGUGUCAAGAUGAGUGAGCGAUGA